AAAGAAGCUGACGAGUAACACGUGACACCUCAACGCGGAAAAACAUGUAAAGCGGACGGUUUCUUUCUGUCAUAUUAGAAGCUUCUUGGUCACACUUCCUAGAGCCCAGCGUAAAUAAACGGAUUAGUUGGGGGAGAUGGCCGGAGAAACAGAAGAUGAGAUCCCUGAAUACGGAGCCGUCUUCACUUUUGGAAAGAGUAAAUUCGCAGAUAAUGCCCCCAGUAAAUUCUGGUUAAAAAAUGAUGUACCUUUGAGAAUUGCCUGUGGAGAUGAGCACACAGCACUGGUGACAGAAAAUGGGAAGCUGUUUAUGUUUGGCAGCAAUAACUGGGGACAGCUGGGCCUUGGAACAAAAGCCACUGUGAAUAAACCCACUUGUGUGAAAGCCCUAAAAUCAGAGCGGGUGAAGCUUGCAGCCUGUGGAAGAACUCACACACUUGUUUAUACAUCCCUAUGUCCAAGAUUCCUAGACUAUCAUGUACAUUCUGUUACUUGUGGUGGGUGUCACAUGCUUGUGUUGGCAAAGCCCAGGCCCGAAGGGUCGGAGGAAUUGAUCCUGGAGGAGGAGGAUGUCACAGAAGACUACUUUGAGAAAUCCUAUACUGAAUUACUGGGGGACACGCAAAGUCAGACCACCCUACACAGGAGUCUCUCGGCUCGGGUCAGACGCAGAGAACGGGAGCGUUCACCGGAUCGGUUUGGACAGAUGUUUCGAACACUUCCAGCCCUGGGUGGAAAUCAGCUGAGUGCAUCUUUAUCUGUUCCCAGCCAGAUCCAUCAAUCUUAUAGUAAACAACCGGGAAAGAUCCCUCACAACAGUCUCAAAAUUCCCGGAAAGAGAGAAAAGUCUCUCGAUGACAGAAGCAGUGUGGAGGAUAGUGAGAGUGUAAAAGACCUUGGAGAAACCACUGACUUAUUAAACCUGACUCAUGUAAUGAAGAUAGACCCUAGCGAUAAGACUCUAACAUUGUCUCCUAUGGAGAAGAAGAAUGUUAAGCUUGUGAAAGAGCACGGUAAGGAGAAGGGGAAGCCAAGAGAUGACCCCGCCCUUUGUAGAAAGAGGGCAGAGGUUUUAGCUCGCAAAGCUCUUUCGACUGAGUUACUUAAAAGUUCAAGUGGUAGCUCAGUAGUCGGAGACAGUCUUGGGACAGGUACACCCCACAAGAGCCCUAAGAGACAUGGUCAGGAUAAGGAAAAUGUACUUAUAGCUUUGGAGGACAGAAGGCCUUCACAUCACCAAGUUGCAGGAAGUAACACAAGAAUGGGGACGGACAUAAGCAGAGCUGGAUCCAAAUCUUUCCAGCCCAAACACAAACAGCUGAUGAAGUCAAGGGAUAGAGUUACAGGAAAAGAUGCUGGGAAUAAAGUACCCAUACUUGAGGAACAUUCAAAGGUAGAGGCUGAAAGUGAGAAGAUUGCUCACAAGUCAAAAGAAAGUACAAAAACAAACCAAGAAGGUAAAACAAAACCCAAAGGUCGUCCAUUGGAAGUCAGUAGUCGGUCUCAAAAGGUUAUGGGGGAAGAAAAAGAAGUAAAAACGAAACCCAUAAUAGUUGCUGAACAAUAUCUUGAACAGACCACGCAUAAAGACCAAGACCCAACAGGUAAGAAGAUCUCAAAAGAGAUUUUACCAAAAGCUCAGAAGAUGAAAGGUGAAAUGAACACUGCUAAGACAGAAACCAAAGGUUUUGUCCCAAAGAGCAAAAAGUUAGAUUCAAAAAAAGACUCCAAAAGUAAAAAGACAGUGCAAGAGCUCUCCACUACUUCACAACAGUCCUCUUGCCAAGAAGAAAUUUCUACAGAGAAGACUAAAAAAUCAAAAGUGGAACAAAGCCAGUUGCUAGUAAAGGACCAAAAAAAGGGGUCUACCAUUAUCUCAGAAGCUGCUUUCAAAUCUGAAUCAGAGUCAGAGCAAAUGAAGGAAAAUCAUAUCACCAAGGUGACAUCUUUUCUCCACAAUGUGGGAAUGGGAAGUCCCACUCGUUUACUUGGAGAUACAGCAGUCAGUCAGUUCCUUUCACAGUCUGCACCUCAAAAAAUGCCAAAACCUCUUUCAAAACAGAGAACUCUGUCUGACGUUUCGUCCCUGAGUGAGUCUUUUGAGGUUUCAGGACAAGAGGAGACAAGAGAGGCCAAGAAGACGGCGGUCACCAUCAAUGUUAAGGCAGAACCAGAAACUUCAGAUGGGGACUUGGAAAGAACCAGCACUGAGUCCAAAACCGAGGCUCAUUCUGAGGUGGGAACAUAUAGAAGAAGUGAGGAGGAAGGAGGAGAGGAAUCAGAAGAGGAGGAAAGUGAGGGAUUGGUGGACAGAAGGGAAAAGAGUGAGGAAGUGGAUGACAGAGAAGAAGAAAGCGAGGGAUUGGUGAACAGAAAGGAAGAGAGUGAGGAAGUGGAUGACAGAGAAGAAGAAAGCGAGGGAUUGGUGAACAGAAAGGAGGAGAGUGAGGAAGUGGAUGACCGAGAGGAGGAAAGUGAGAGCAUGACCCUAGCAAAUGAUGAUGAUUCUGAGGUUGAUGAUGAUGAUACCACGAUCAAAGCUUCUAGUGAGGAUGAGGAAAGUGAGGAAGAGGAGAAGAAAAGUAAAAGUGAUGCAACUGAGGAUGUAGAGAGUGAAGCUGAGGAAGAGGAGAGUCGUGGAAUAGAAGAUGAGGAAGAGGAAACAAGUGAGAUAAUUAGAAACAAUGAGGAAGAGAGUGGAGAAGAUGAGGGUGAAAGCAAAACAAGUGAAGAGGAAGAAGAGGAGGAGAGUGGAGAAGAAUCAGAGGGAAAGUCAGAGAGCAGAAGUGACAGAUCAGAGGAAGAGUCAGAUGAAGAUGAGGAGUCAGAGGAGAAUGAUAGUGAGAAUGAGGAAGAAAGUGAUGUGGAAGGUGAGGCAGAGGAGGAUGAAGACGGUGAAAAGACUAGCAAAGAAGAGGAGAAAGAUUCAGAAAAGCAGGAGAGUGAGACUGAAGAUGAUGAAGAUAAAGGGGAGAGUGAAAACAAAGCAGAGGAGGAGGAAAGUGAGGAAGAUAAAGAGAGUGAGAAUGAGUAA